CGCCUCUCCCCUCCCACUGGCUGGAUCUCCGCUUCCCUUCGAGGAUCGGCGGUGGAUCCCUCGGGAGAGGCUCCUGGGUGCUGCUCGGUUCAGGUGGGGCUGCUCUCCUUCCGGCCUCCAGAUCUCCUCCCCGCCAGGAGGAAGGGAGCUGCGGAUCCCUCUCUUCGCCUCGCCGGGUUUUCCUCGGGGAGAUCUCGCAGGGUUUUCCUCGGGGAGAUCCGGCCUCUGGCGUUGCCUGCAGGGAGCGGAUCCCUCCCUUCCCUCCAGUGGGGCAAAGGGGGGCUCCGUCCCCGGGCCUGGAUCUGCCCCCUCCUCGCCCAGUCAAGGCUCCCCGAGGGGCUCCGGGUGGAUCCAGGAAGGAGCCUUUUGGAGACCAGUGAGGACGUGGCUGUGAACUUCACAGAGGAGAAAGAGACGUUCUUGGAUUGGGAUCCACCAACCUUUGGCCAGGAUUCUUGUUCCAGAGAAUUUGAAAAUUGUGGCCUGGAUGAAAAAGCAGCUUCCUGCACAAAGGGCCAAUCGGUUAAGGAGAAACCAAACCAGUCAGCAGUGAGGAUCAUACCUGGCCUUGACCGAGAGACCUCUUCAUUGUAACGUUAAACCCGGAAAGUAACUGUGACCAAAGAUUUACCUUCAAGACAACUAACAAGAGAUAGUAGAAAUUCAGCCCAAAGCAGCAGCCAAGAGAAAGCAUGAAGCGUGGGAAAUUCUUGGAUCCCCCAUCAGACACAAGCAGCCCUCCAAGAACCCCCAAAAGAACCCAUGAAUGCUCAGAGUGUGGGAAAUCCUUUGCUCGCAAGUCCCUCCUUUUGACCCACAGGAAGCUCCAUGUGGGAAGUGGAUCCAGUGAAGGUUUGGAGGGUGAGAAAUCUUCUGGAAAAGAAACCAAAGAUCUCAGAAGCUCCCCUAGACUAAACCCCUAUAAAUGUGAGGAAUGUGACUUAUGCUUUGGUCAAAAGUCAAGCCUUGUUACACAUCAGAAAAUCCACACUGGAGAGAAACCUUAUCAAUGUCUGGAAUGUGGGAUUUUUUUCCGUAAAAAAUGCACUCUCAGAAACCACGAGAGAAUCCACACAGGGGAGAAACCUUACAAGUGUUGGGAAUGUGGGAAGAGCUUUUCUCAGAAUUCAAGUCUUUGGAUCCAUGAGAAGAUCCAUGCUGGAAUAAAAUCUUACAAAUGCUUUGAAUGCGGAAAAUGUUUCACCCAGAGUUCAGGUCUUCGGAAACAUGAGAAAAUACACAAAGGGGAGAAAAACGAAAAGUGCCUCGAAUGUGGGAAAUGUUUUUCCAGGAAAUGCAUUCUGAUGCGACAUCAGAAACUCCAUACUGGAGAGAGACCCUAUGAAUGCCCAGAAUGUGAGAAACAAUUCAUAUAUUCUUAUGAACUUCAGAGACACCAGAAGUGGCACAAAGGGGACCUGCCCCAUAAAUGUAGGGAGUGUGGGAAAAGUUUUAUUACGCCAACCCAUGUUCAGAUUCAUCAGAGAAUCCACACAGGGGAGAAACCCUACAAAUGUGGGGAGUGUGGGAAAUGCUUUUCCCAAAAACAACACCUUGGACGCCAUCAAAGGUUCCACACAGGAGAGAAGCCAUACAAAUGCGUAGAGUGUGGAAAAUGCUUUAUAGACAAGCGAGGCCUUUCGAUGCAUCAUAAAACCCACACAGGGGAAAAGCCACAGCAAUGCAAUGACUGUGGAAGAUUUUAUAGUACCACAUCAGCCCUUAGAAGUCAUGUGAAAAUUCACACAGGGGAAAAAAACUACAAAUGUUUAGACUGUGGGAGAGCAUUUGCUCAUUCUUCUUCCUUUUUAAGUCACAGCCGAAUCCAUACAGGAGAGAAGCCCUACAAAUGCUCAGAGUGCGAUAAAUGUUUUUCACGGAGAGAUUCUCUUGUGAGGCAUCAGCGAAUCCACACUGGAGAGAAACCUUAUAAAUGUCUGGAGUGUGGGAAAUGUUUUGCCCAUCCUACAACACUUCACACGCACACCCGAAAUCACACAGGAAAGUAGCCUUACAAAUGCACAGAGUGCGAGAAACCUUUUCCUAGUAAAUCAAAGCUAAAAAGGGACCAAAAAUUCCAUAGCAGAGAUAAAUCUCUUCAGCUGUGAAUAACAUUGGGAACACUUCUUUUCAACACAACGUUUACCAGGAAUUUCACACAGUGACAGAAAGGAAAUCCUACAAUUAUUUGGUGUGGGGAAAAUGUUUCAUCUACUGAAGGAAAACAACAUCAAAUCCCAUCAGAGAGAACACAAUGAGGCAAAAGGGUGUAAAUGUUGGGGGAGUGAGAAUAUUUUGCUCGCAAAGCCGCAUUAGUAACUUAGCAGAGUAAUUACACAAAAGAGUUAUAAGUAUGUGAGGAGUAGAUAUAAUGUUUUGCAGAGAGGAAGUCCUUGAGCUAUGACCACAACUUGGAAUGGAUUUCUGGUAAUAAGUUCCUAAGUUAAGGAACCAGGUAUUUCUAUUAAUUUUUUAGUAGACUGUGUUGAUCAAUGGGAAGUGAGAAUUUAGAGAUGGGAAAAUGGGGUGAAGGUAGAAUGAAUCUGAUGGUUUAUUUAGUGAUAAAGUUUUGAUGUUGAAUCUGCUGGCUGAGGAUGAAGAGGGAAAAAGGGAUUCCCCCCCCUUUUUUUCAUUGUCUUUUUCAUAUAUUCCCACAGAGAUAUUUGUAUUAAUUUUCUUUCUGUGCAUAUAAUCCUGAAUAAAAGUAUAUUGCUCAAAAUAA